UAGCGUCGUUCGCGUCUGUGUUGCACGCCAAUUAAAUAACAAUUGCAGAGCAUAUCUAAGGAAAGACGUCUUUAUAGCAAUUGCUGUGUGAAAGUACACUUUUUUUUUCAAUUCAAAUUGACAAUCAGCGUCUUGCAUUUACCAACAACGGCUGCAAAUAUGUCAGAUUGCGCCAGCGAAGUUGCCGAUCAACAGACGGAUCAUCACGUGCACUUCGAUGCGACCACUCUGAAGACUGAUGACUUUGGUUCGGACAGCUGUGUUACGUAUCAGCGCUCGGGCGAUACGAUUGUCGUCAGUCUGGGCUUUCUGCAGAUCAAUCAUCGCUAUCUGAUUGAUCUGAAUUUGCCGGUCAGUCUGUUUGGCAAUACGGGCGCGCCGGGCACCAAGUUUGUGCCGGAUGUGAGCGCCACACCGAAUCUGCAUUGCCGGAUCACGGAGUUCACGGGCACCAAGCACGACGAGCACGAUUUCUAUGAGAUGAAAAUCGAGUUCUUUGCGUACAAGGAGAAGCUGUUGCGCGAGGUCCUCCACAUUGUCAACUCGAACAAUGCCAAGGAGCUGCUGCAGCUGGUCAUUGCGGCGCGUGUCCUGGGCAAAGGCAAAGGUACGCCCAUGCUGCGCACGGGCAUACAUUGCAUAGGCGUUGAACGGGACGAUGAUGAUUCCGAGUCCUCCGAUUUUGCGGGCUUCGAUAAGCCCUAAGGUGGACCGCAACACCCACACACACACACACCAACACACAUAUACAGACAUCUGUCAGUUAGUUCUGGUUUCUUAGUUAUUUGCAUAGUAUUUAAGUCAAAUAUUAUUCAUAAUCUUAAAUGUUAAUUUAUAGACAAGUACACGAAUGUAUAUUCACAUAUUGAGGCAAAUCGUGUUAUGUGUCGACUCAUUUGAGCACUCGACGGCAAAUGUUAACAUUUUUAAUUAAUUCAUUUAUUUGUUGUUGUCAGUGUCAAGUAUUUUGUAUGAAUGCAAAUUUUGCCAAUCACUUGAGACAAUUGUUGUCAGCAUAUUCCGAAAUAUGUGCAAAACAAUCGCAUUUUGAUUGGCAAUACAAGUUUGCCUUUUGUAUUAAUUCAAGUUUAUUCGCAUAUUUCAAGUACUUUUGUCCCGUAUUAUAUGUAACUUUUACUUGCCUCUGACAUGCUAAGUACUUAUAGAAACUCUAUAUUUAACAACUUGAGUUACAUGAAAUGCCUGAAAUGUAACAAACGGAACCAAGUUAAAAGUGUAACUAAAUGUGUCACAAAUAUUAUGCGAGCUGUUAGCGCAGAGAAUUUUGAUGAAUAAUGCUUGAGAGAUAUGAGAAUCAUUAAUCGGAACUCGUAAUCGUUUAUUAGAAUUCUCUGCUGAAUGCGUGCAUUGUUUAAAUUUCUUUGCCGAAGAUUUAAAAGCUCGAACCUACUUAUUGUACAUUCAAAGUAUUUUGCAUUUCUGUUAAACCAAAUCAAGAUUUGGAAAUUUAUAUAAACAUUUAAGGAGCAGUAAAAACGUUGCAACGUUUUACUAAAAAAUAUGCACCUCUUAACUAAACUCAAUGACCAAUUAGCAGGCCUUCUUUUUAUAAAGAAUUUAAUCUAGUGUAUAACUGUGUAUAGAACUAAUGCUCAGCUAAAAGAGAAUAUUUAACAGUAGUUUAACAGUAAAAUGUAAAAUGAAUAUUUAACAGUCGUUUAACAGUGCAAUUGCCUGUUUUCAAUCAAUUUUAAGGUGCUCUACUUUUAGAUAUUGUAAAUGUUUAUAACUGAAUUAACUAUGGGGCAUUUGUUUAACAAAUUAUGAAAAGCAAUUUUUUAUAAUAUAUCAUAUUAUACACAUGCAUUUGAAUUA